GCGCGAGAUUGGUGGCACCCCAGUGACGUCAGAGCUGAUCGUCAGGCGCAAACUGAGGGUUGCCCACCAUAUACGUCAGAAUGACGAGCCGAUAAACUACCUAUCAGGCUUUUCUACGGCGGGCGGGCCAACGGUCUUGGGGUGACCGCCGUUGGUUUAGCCGGCGAUGGCGAAUUCGACGGGGUCGACGGUCGACGGCAUCGGCGUCGGUGUCGGCGAAAACGACGGUACGACAGGUGUGACCGGUGGUGGGCCUAGGAAUCCUUUGAUCUGCGGCGUCUGCCAUGACUAUUUCAACGAGCCUUGUCUGCUAUCCUGCUUUCACACCUUUUGUGCCCGUUGCAUCCGUGGCCCUCAUCUUGAGGGAAAGGUCUCCUGUCCCAUCUGCGGGCAACAGACACAAUUAAAAGAUGGGGCACAACUACCACCAGCCGAUCACUUGAUACGUCAGCUAGUUGAGUUGGCAAAUUCUGAGAAUCCACCUUGUGCCAACUGUGAUAAACGUGAUAAGUCUACCAUGUUCUUUUGUACAACAUGCGGGCAAGCACUCUGUACACACUGCAGAGAGCACACUCACCGUGCAAAGAUGUUUUCUGCUCACGAGGUGUUGCAUAUGAGUAAAUGCGCCAAGGAUACGCAACGUCGUUGCUCGACCCAUGGAGAACAGUACAUAAUGUAUAGCCAAAGUGCCAAGUGUAUGCUCUGCGCCACGUGUUUUCGCGAUACACCCGCGGACGCGAGGCUUCAUUGUAUCGACAUUGAAAGUGCCUGGCAGCAGGCAUCGAAAAAGAUGGAACGGGCGGUUAAUUCGAUCUGCGAGCUGCAGGCUGGCGUACGGGAUGGGGUGUUGGCCCUAAAGUCGCAACUAGACGAACUACGACACAGUCUGGAUUCCGAGAAAAGGGCACUGAAUUCGUUUUGUCAGGGAAUGCAGGAAGCCAUUACGAAAACCCACAACAACGUAUUGGCAGAGUUGCAGCAACAAUUCGAGACGAAAGAAAGAAUGGUCUGUAGUCAGCUGUUUUCUCUAGGUUCCGCGUUUCCUGUCCUACAGACGCAUUUGAUGCUGUGCACCGCGUUCACCGGCGGUGCGACCAAGUAUCAGUUUCUCGAGUUAGCUCAUCCGAUGCUGGAGCGAUUGAGUCGCGUUGCCCAAUUGGGAUAUCCUUCGAGGCCACCUUUGCUAACUGCUCACCUCAAGACCAACUACAAAAAUGAAUUUUCUCGCGCAUUGCAGCCUUACAUAGGUCAGGCACAGACCCCGAAAGAAUCGUUGUACGAUCAAACUCAUUCGUUGGUUCAACAAGAUCCACCAGUGAUGCAGCAGCAGAGUAGCAAGUCGUCUCAGAAGAUUUCGUCGAAGAGCGGAACUGAUAGCGGACCGUUUUCCAAACACUGUAGAACAUUUGAUACCCAAUUAAACGAAUUGAAUCAACAGUUAAUGAUGGUAAAGGAACGUUUAGAAGAACUUCAUCGUGACGUAGCACUUUUGAGAAGAGCUAAUACUCCUCCGUUGGGUACGCGUUACGAGCAUGUAGCUAGAGAUUGUAAAGUAUUGGAGCAACAAUUGGAGCAUCAGCAGAUGGAAUUAGAACGACUUAGAAACGUGUUUGACGCAUUAUGGGAUGAACAGCUAUGUAGAAUUCAGAUGGAAAAAGAAAUAUUUCAUUCUCAGAUGAACGAUAUAAUGUCGUUGAGGAGUCAAGUGAAACAGUUGCAGAACCUUGCUCAACAAUUAGAACCUUUCGUGAAAUCCUUCUCCUCCGGUGUUAAUGCUGGUGAAAUAAGCAUGACAGCAUCUGACGCGGCCAGUACUCAACAUUUGCAAGCGUUGCUUGAUCAUCUGUCACGCUUGCAGAUGCAGGAACCAUCGCAACCACAAACUCAAGCUCCGAUCAAGGAUCACCGACAUUCUCGCACCACUGCCACCAGUGCUGAUAAUGCACUCUAUAUGAAAGAGAACAAAGAGAUACCGACGCGUUGUCGUACACCAUCCAGUAUCGGGGCUGUUUUGGACUCGAGCGGAAACAUCAUAGUAUACGGUUCAGCGAAAUCCUCGGAACAAAAGAGAAGCGUUCUUAGCCAAUUGAUCGAGAAAACUAGGAAUAAAGAAGAUCGCAAAAAGUCACCGGGUCGAGAAGAGGGUCGCGAUCGCAGUCAAAGUCGACGAUCGAGAAAAUCACCGGACAGCACGAAACCCAAGACACCGCCAGGUCAUUCGUCCGUUAACAAAGUACGUUCUUUGUAUCGUUCUCUGAAAGGUGGUAGCGGUGAUACAUCCGCCGAGGGACUUGAUCAACCGGAAAGAUGUACAGAUUCUCAGCAACCACAGUCGCACACGACUGGCGAGGAAGGGGAAUAUCAACGAAUAUCAGAGGCUUCGAGCAUUGGGGAGGCUAAGAAGCGUGUCCAGGCUCAGGUGCACGCGGUACCUGACGAACAACCAAUUCCAACUGGCAAAGGAGCGAAAGUGUAUCCAGCCAGUGACUCGGAGGACGUGUUCUAUGUGGAGGAGAAGGCGUCGAUGGAGGUGAGAAGACGUCGAAGAGCGAGCUGCGACAGUCUAAGCACCACCGGUUCAGGAAGCAGACGGUCGAGCAUUGCUGAUGGGACGGUAGGUCAAUCCGCGCAGCAGGAUCCGAGGAAAACGCUGGUACUUUUGAUCGGAUCUACACCGAAGUCGUCGUCUCUGGUUCAGAAGCAGCGUUCCUGGGAAACGUUUCCACGGCCGAAAAGCAAACGCAGCGUGACGAGCAGCGAGGGUGCUGCCUCGUCCCUUAGUCAAUUGAAGAAAACGGAUAGCUUCGAGGGACACGAAGAAACGGUGAAAACCUUGGUCGCAGCCGUGCAAGAAACUAGGUCUCAUCUACGUCAUCAUCAUAUGCAUCAUCAUCGUCAUCAUCGGAAGAGCAAGACGAAUUAAAAGUUAUUCUGGUUUCGAUCAGAAGACGGUGAAAGAAAUUCAAUCAAGGAGCUUUUUCUAUAGAGGUAUCCAGGUCAGAUAGUCAAGACGGCAGAAAAUAGAUGUUUCUUUCAGGCAUUCUAGAAAUGAAUCAAAUGAAAAGAAGUAUUUAUUAGAGAUUGAGAAUAGUUUCUUGGCUAUCUGGAAGGGAGUGGAAGAUCCUCCAAAUAAUGUCUAGCAUACAUUGGGGAAAGUAUUGUCGAUGGACUGUAUUUUAUCGAUCGUUAGAAUAUUGUUAUUCGUAGAACAAUAUCAUUCAGCGAAAGGAUACUACGAAUAUCUUUUUAUUCGUUUCGAAAAGAAAUAUUUUCAGCGUUUUAUUAGCAGUAUUAUUAUCAAGAAAAGGGCAUUUGUUAUGAUGUAUUACAGGCGGAGGACGAUCGUUAAGAAUGAACCAGAGAUUCGUUUGUCGUUUAAACUGUCAUUGAAAGGUAUUUGUAUUUUACAAGUACACUUUUUUACUAUUACUUUCACGGAUAUCGCGAAAUUUUCGAGUUUCUUUUGCCUGAGUCUGGACCAAGCGUUUCCAAUCAUUUGUAUCGCAUCUUAUCCAAUUCCUCGUGAUUUCUAGUCCCAUGUAUGUCUGGUCGGAGUUGUUUCAGGGUCAGUCAGCCUUUGAUAUAGAGCAAUUUUCGAUUUUUUUAUUAAAUAGCGUUUUGAUCGCAUUUUGAAACGCCGAUGGUCAUAAUAUCGCCGCUGCCAAUAGAGAAAUAAUAUAUAAGAAGUACAUAUAUAUAUAUAUAUAUAUAAACGAAACAAAAUGAAAAGAAAAAAAGAAGGGAAAUGGAAAUAAAUACGUUGAUACUCUUUAUUGUUGAUGCAAUCCUUCAAUUGAUGAUCGAUACAUUUUCAAAGAAAUGCUCGACAAUUAGGAUUAAUGCGAUACGUUUUUCGUCGAACGCACUAUGUAUGAAUAAAUACAAAGAGAGUUAGGACUAAUUAAAUAUUAUUAACGAAAGGAAAGAA